AUGUGCAAGACUGUAGACAAAGAGAAGGGGCUGAGCACGGGGAGGCCAAGCUCUGCAGGCGCUGCGCCCCAAAACACUAAAACAAAAGGGGCUCCAAGCGGCCCCGCUGCACCCAGAAACACCAAAAACGCGCCUGCCCGGCCCUCCACUGCAGGCUCUGUGGGCAGUAGGACCCCCCCGGCCGGCACCCCUGUGUACCUGGACCUGGCGUACCUGCCCUCGGGCCGCGGCACCCCCUCCGUCGACGUGGAGUUCUUCCGCCGGCUGCGCUCCUCCUGCUACGUGAUCAGCGGCGACGAGCCCCUCAAGGAGAGGGUCAUGAGGCCCCUGCUGGACGCACUGCUGGAUGGCAAGGCUCUGUGGGGCAGCAACCUGCAGGUGACCUUGAUCCCGACCUUUGACUCUUUGGUAAUGCACGAGUGGUACCAGCAGACCCACGAGCGGCAGCGUGAGCUGGCUGUCACUGUGCUGGGCAGCAACAGCACGGUGGCCAUGCAGGAUGAGACCUUCCCAGCAUGCAAAGUGGAGUUCUGAGCGCCCCCGAAUCCAGCACGGACCUUUACCCAACACACACACACACACACACACACACACACACACACACACACACCAGUGCCCCUUUAAUCAAACAGCUACAGCCACCAGCGAACAACCAGCCCUUUUAAGCUUUUCCACACUCCAGCGGUCAGCUAUCUGAGUAUUGCAUGCUGCGCUGCCACAUUUACAACACCACUCUCGUUCACCAAGUCACUCUUGUGUUUGGAGAAAAUGCACUGGGCUAUCUUAAGAAAUUACCUGCAUUUGACAUGAAAAUAAGUCUCCAUUCUUGUUCACAGGGUCGGAAUCUCUCAGAAAUUGCAAUGUCAGUGGGGUGUUUUUUCUUUUGGUUUUGGUAAGGUGGCGUUGCAUUUUCCUGCCUUGUGGUCCGAACACUGCAGCAGACAUGACUGCAGCUAAUUCUGUGACGGUUUGAACUGAUUUUUCCUAUGGCUGUGUUCUCUUGAAGUUGUGCAGAAUAUCUUUUGAAACAUUUUUUCUGGAAUCGGGAAAUAAAAAUUCGAAGUAACUUCAAAAUCAUCUUUCUAUCAUUUGAUGUCAAAAAAAAAAAAAAAAAAAAAAAGUUGAGGAGCAUUUCACAUGGUUUUAAAAAGAUUCUUUUUUUAAAGGACCAAGCCCUUGAAACUCCCCACUCCCUGUCCCACAGGAUGUUGCCUGUUUGAGCGCCUUGUUUCGGAUGGUUUCCUCGUGCAGCGCUGGGGCACGGCAGCCCUGUAAUACACUUUUUUUGUUUGUUUUUUUUAUUCACUGCACCCUUGCUUCCCCACUAGAGUAUAACUGGGUGAUGCUGUUGCAGAUUGGAGUCCCUGUGGAUUGGGUUUCUUCACCACCCUUGGAAGCAUUCACUUGAACGCAUAAAGGCUGUUGCCGGAGAAUCUACAACCCAGCCAUGUGGUUUUGUAGGACUUCCUGUAUUAAUAGUGUUAGUGGACCAGUCUUGUACCUUUCCCAGAGCGAGCUCUGUAGUGCUGUUCCUGGUUUCAUUGUGUGAUCCUGUCAAUGGCAUUCCUGCACUUGUUUUGUACAAAACACCUGAUACCUGAACCCCGAACUCUCACAAAAAAAAGAUAGGAUUUAAGACAUUGGGAUAUUGUGUAACUGCAGUAUACUGUAAAGCAUGAAUGUGAGGCACACUAACACACACUUAGGGAUUGUGAUGAUUAUUAUGGUAUGGGGUUGGGAAGUCAGUGAUCCAACUGCCCCUUGAAGAUUAACUAUAUUAACCCAUUAUGCAUGAUAACUUCUUAAUGCAAUCACCGGUUAAUUGCAUUCAAUUUACUAUCCCACAAUAUAAUGUCUACUAGUAGCGCACAAACCAAUUCUUUGAUUAUUCAGAUCAAGCGCUCCACGGGUGAGGGUGGGUGCUGUCGACCGGGCUGAUUUUACCAUUCCAAGGGAAACCAAGCAUCCCAAAUCCUAGCAGCUGUUUCUUCACCUCUUUCCCUUUUGAAUGGUCAGUUAGCUCAAUCAACACCAGUGACCCUCCCCUGAUUUUUGUGGAGAGCUCAAUUCAUAUAGUCCGACUGUGCAGCACUUAUAUCUGCUGCUUUAUUAAAGCAAGCUGAAGCUCUACAAACGAGUACAGGGUUUCAAUGCAUAUGCAUAUAAUGUGUGUUAGAUGCAUAUGCAUGUACAGAAAGCUUAACAAAAUUGGAUUACAUAGUAUUUCAGCUUCCACCUUAUUUAGGUGGACAAAGGUUUAAAACUAAUAGCUGCUUGCUUAGCUAAUUUUGAAUGGAUUAAAAUCGGAUUUAAUUCCAGUAAUGGAAAGAAAGCAAUGAUAAGGUUUUUUUUAUUUGUUUUUUUUUUUUUUUUUAAGAUUUGUUGCUCAAGGGGAUAAACGUGUUCUUGCUGUCCUGUCACUGCCUCUAACGUUUUAGAAGCCACUUUCACCACAUUGCUUUCUUAAGGUGACAUGCACUGCUCGGUUACAAUUCAUGUUUUAUAACACUUUUUAAUGUUUCCAGUGUGGGUUUCGUUUAGUGCCUGAAUGUAAAAUAUUUAUAUAAAAGUAACUUAAAAGUAAAAAAAAAAAAAAAAAAAAAAAAAAAAAAAAAAUGGUAUCUCCACAUCUGUGAUGUGUCCCUGUCCCAUAUUUCAGUAAUUUCUGGAGUAAUGCUGUAGAGUGUAGCAGGCUUGUGUCUUGUACAUUUAUUAUUGACGCUUACAUUAGCCUAAUCUAUACACACACGAUGCAUGCACUUCAAAUGAGAUAGGGAGGUGCAGUACACCGGGAGGGUUGGAGCUGGAGAAACUGAUCUAUGCACUUUGAGGAACUGUCUGUGGAAAGGCUGCAAGUUUUAGAGCAGUUAAAGGUUAUGGAUUUAUUUUUCUUUUAGAUGAAGAGAGUCAUGCUAGCUAGACAGGCAACGCUGUCAUUUCUUUGGCCAGAAUGUACUUCAUUCAAGAUUUUCGCUCCGUUCCAACUCGCAUAAAGAUCACUCUUGAUGAGGUGGUUAAUAGGCUGUAUAGCUGAAGAGCAUGCUGUACCCAACAGAAGUUGAAAAACAUGUCAUGGUUCGGUCAAGCGGUACAAAGGCCAAAUUGUGAAUUGCUAAAAAGAGUUGAAAUUUGAAAGAUAAUAAAAAACAAUCUCCCUCACAUUUCAUACUUUUAUUCCCUCUGCUACUGAGGGUGUAUAUUAAAUAUAACAUAUCCUAAAUAUAAUACAGUACAUAUUUGCUAUAACCUUAGAUUAGCUUUAUAAAUGUGUUUUUGUGUGGGGUUUUUUUUCAAAUAUUUUGAGGAAAUGAACAGGGCCAUAAACAGACAAAAUGUAGAAUACUGAUUAUCAAUUUGGCAUGUUCCUGUUAUGUAUGUUGCUAGGGGCAACAGAGGCCUGUUAGCUCCCAGGUUAGUGUAGAAGCCUGGGACUUUCCUUGUUUACAUGUGCAGUAAAAGAUGCAAGCUGUGACCUUGGUAAUUAGUUGUUUUUUUUUUAUUUAACUUUGUACAACUAUUCAACAUGUAUUCAUUUAAAUUAAAUGUAAAAAAAAA